GUCGCGUCGCCCGUCUCUUGGAGGCCAGUGAUUGCCCGCCUGCCAACCCACCGACCCACUGCCUUUCCCAUCUCCCCGCCCUCCGCCAGUGAGUGUCUUCUCCCCACCGUAACCGUGCCAUGAGGAGGUCAUUGCUAUGUUCAUCGAUGAAUCAGAUGGCGCCCUCGUCCUUGUCCGCUUCCCCUUCCCCUUCCCCCUUCAAGUUAAUAGGCAUCUCCAUCCUUCUACUCUCCUAUUCCCUCUCGCUUCUCCUCUUCCCUCCCAGCCUCUCUCCAUUCCUCUCCGACUCCGACUCCGACUCCGACUCCAACUCCCGCUCCUCCUCUUCUCGCUUUCUACUCCAAUACCCAUUGCCAUCCGCUUCUUCUUCGUCUUGUUCUUCGGUGCUCGAAUUGCCCCCUGACCGGCACUGCGCCUUCGCCCUCUCUCGAUGCGGCCGCAGCGGCGGCGGGGGCGGGCUCGUCAACUACGCCGCAAUCCACUUCUGCCUUUUCACCGGUCGCCCCCUCCUAUCCCUCCCUGCCCUCGCCCUCCUCCUCCUCCUCCACUUCUACUUCCUCGUCUCCGCCGCCCGCGACCACUUUACCCCCGUCGUCACCCGCCUCGUCGCCCACCUCCGCCUCUCCCCCAGCAUGGCCGCCGUUACCCUCCUCGCCCUCGGCAACGGCUCCCCCGACCUCUUCGCCUCCGUUGCUGCCCUCCGCGGUGGCCACCCACGCACCGGCCUCGCUGCCAUCCUCUCAGCCGGCGCCUUCGUCUCCGCCUUCGUCGUCGGCGCCGUGGCUAUACUCGCCGGCCCUUUCCCCCUCGAUCCAGGUCCCUUCGUGCGUGACGUCUUUUUCUACCUCGUCGCGGCCUCCGCCCUCUUCUACGUCUACCUUAGCGCCGAGAUCUUCCUCUGGCAGGCGGUCGGCUUCAUCCUCUUCUAUAUCUUUUUCGUUGGAUUCGUCUUCUGGAUGGAUCUGGGGGUUCACGGCACGACAGACAAAAAUGGGGAGCUGGAGAUGGGUCUGGCAGUGGAAGGAGAGCAGGAGGCUUGGAAGAAGAAGGAUUUCUUUACAGAUACCGCCGACAAGGAAUCUGAACGACCGGUGGGAAACAUCGAGGAAGUGGAAUCUGCAUGGAGUCUUCAUCGGGUGCUUCGAAAGGUAACACAAAUAUGGGCAGUUCCAGUUUCAACUCUUUUGAAGCUCACUGUCCCAUCACCUUCUGAAUGGAGCAGAUUUUACAUUUCAGCUAACAUUGGCUUGUGCCCCCUCAUUCUUCUAUACUCUUUGAGCUCCUUCAUUGCCUUGGAUAGGCAAAUUGUGUUCCUAAUCCCUCAAAUCCGUUUACCAAUAUGGUCUGUUGUUGUCCUCACAAGCUUUUCUCUUGCACUGGUUCACUUCAUUUUUGAGAGGGACCCUCCAGAAAAAGAUUGCAUUUCAGGUACUUUAGUUGCCUUCAUGAUGAGUGUGUUUUGGAUCUCAACCAUGGCAGGGGAACUAUUGAACUGUUUGGAAACAAUAGGAAUCAUAACGAAAUUGCCCCCUGCAAUUCUUGGGUUGACAGUGCUGGCAUGGGGAAACUCAGUAGGUGACCUUGUUGCUGAUGUGGCUUUGGCAAAGGCAGGUCAGCCGGCUAUGGCAAUGGCAGGCUGCUUUGCUGGUCCCAUGUUUAACAUGCUGGUCGGUCUGGGAACUGCAAUGGUGAUUGAGACAGCCAGCGUUUACCCAGUAGCUUAUGAGCUCCGCUUCCAUGUUGGCAUUGUGAUUGCUUUUGUGUUUCUUCUACUGAGCUUGAUGGGCUCUCUGCUGGUGGUUACUUGGUUCAGAUUUCGGGUGCCUAGGUUCUGGGGCUUUUGCCUUGUUGGCCUCUACCUUCUUUUCACUGUCAUGAGCAUAGCAAUUGCAAGGUUUUCAUGAUGAAGGGAUCUCACAGUAGUUUCGUUUUCGAUGUCAGAUAAAGCAAUUUGCCAGUGGAUGGAUGCUAUUAUCGUGGCCGAAAAGUUGCAAGAUGCACUACCCUAGUUGUUAUCAGUCACGUUCUGGCAUCAGCAUGUGUUCAGUUGCAACAUAAUCUCGGUCACCACAUAAUCAGCACUAAGCAGGCAGUAAGCUUGAUGAGGAUGCUAUUUAGAGAUGUAAUAUUUUUGUUCUCCAGUGUUUCUUUUUUCUUUUCUCCA